UAAAGAUUUCUUAAUGGGCUCUGCCGUCCUCUCGUCCAUCUGCCUUGAUGAUAAACACAGCUAGUCCACUUUAGCCUGAUGCGCAUCAAAGCCUUCACCGUUUUAUUUUUCUUUAAUCGCCUACAAAACAUUCAUUUGUUCACUUUUCCUCAGGAGCUGGAGAUCUACAGAGUGAGGACUAACACUUGGACUUUAUGAUCAGCAGGUUUUUUUUUUUUAACAAUAUGGGAGAUGGGAACAAAUGAGCUUUUCCUUGUCAUAUUAAGACUCUUGUAACUAAAUAUUUUGGAUGUCUGGUCAGUGUCAGAGCGCAUGAGGAGCAGUGGGACUGUAGUGACACUAUCCAGCCGGUCACAGCCUUCACAGUAACCUCAGAGACAGUCACAGCCCCCGGAGGAGGAUGCCUUCCCUGCACCACGGAGCAAUCUUCGUCGGAGCCUUCCUCAUUGUGACAGGGGGCUCCACAGCCUUCCUGGCCUCGUACCAGAGCCGCCUGCAGGCGUUCUCGCUGUGCUGUGUGGUGCUGGGGGUGGUCAUGCUCAUCCUGGGGCUAUUCUGGGCUAUGAACAGCAAAAGUGCCGCAAACUACAACCACCAGGAGUUCGACCCGGAGUGUCCACAUUAUCCGUACAACGACUACCCCAACUUCGGCAGCCAUGCCCUCUUCACACCCCCAGGGAGCCGCUUCCCAGAAUCCCAGUCGGUGUUUCUGCCCAGGACGAUGGAACGCCACAGACAAGGCGCUCGUGGUGAGGAUUUCGACUACCCUCCCAUGGAUCAUGGUGGUUUCAGUCCAUCGCCUCACCCUCCUCCGUGGCAGGAACCCCCGCCUCCCUACGAAGUUGCCAUCAAGACCACGUGCAGCUCUACACACCUGCGGCGGGCGUACUCAGACACACACCUGGCCUCAGAGCCCCUGUUUGGACGGUCAAGAGAGAUCAGCUUUGAGGUGUGACGCUGGACGAUACGGACGCCCCGGCUCUCCGCACAUCACACCGACGGAUAAAUAGUCUGCAUGGGGCUUUUAACUCAGACUCUGCAAUAGCUGUCUUCUGACAGACAAACAAACUUUAUCAAACACUUGAAGCAUGCUUCUUUCUGAUGUCGACCAGUGGGUCCUAGCAUGCUUUCCCCAACUUUUCUGUAAUUACAAUGCAGGUGUACACACAUAUCUUAAUAUAUGGUGAAGUGAAGGGUAGAUCACACCGAAUUCAGCCUUAACAGGACUAAAUAAAGCACCAAAGUAGAAGUGUGAAAAACGUCAAGUCGUGGUUUUACGGGGUGCUAUUUUUUGGCAGGUUGCAGUGACUUCCAGUCAUUAUGCUAAGCUAAGCUAAGCUAACACAGACCCAUUGAUGUAUUGUGUGGUGCCUUCAAAUGGGGUUGUGUUUACCGUGUUUACCGUGUUUACGAGAUGGGAAGUCGUGUACACGAUAUGCAUGGCAUUCAAGUGGUUAAGUUAACACAGCUGCAGUAACGUCAAUAUUAGCGUUACUGUUGCCGUCUAGAAGUCACAGAGGCUAACAAUUUAGCAAGCUAGCAAGUGAGUAGCAUAUUGCAGUAAAUGCAAAGGCAUAAUGACAGAGGAAAAAGAUGAGGGAAUAUCUCAUUUUCCUCAUACAUAUUAUAAAAUUACCAAGAAAAACAAUAUACAACUAAAAUUACAUUAUAUUAACUUAUUAUGCACCGAAAAAUGAACUUUAAUGGGCUCCGCCAUUUCACGUCACAAAUCGCGAACUCUGAGCUUUCAGAAACUUUCCACUUACGAGGUCGUGAAUACGACAUGAGGGGGGUGUUCAUAUGGACUAAUCUCGUAAACAUGGUAAACACGGUAAACACGGUAAACACGACCCCAUAUGAAUGCACCAAUAAAAACUGGAUACUGGACCUCAAGAUGGCACCUAUUCAUUCCAAUGAAAAUUACAGUGCGAAUAGACCAAAAAAGUUUUCUAACUUCUGGGUAUUCAGUUGUAUACGGCUCACUGAAUAUGCGUAGUAGCAUUUCUACCUCUGGCCUCGUUGCCCCAUAGACUUUAUGACAUCACAGAUUUUUAAAUCACUUUUCUCGGCUCGAGGAAACUUUUACAAAUAUGAAACCUUCAUGAAUCAAAAAUUCAGAAUAUAAAGAGUCAUAUUCAA